UUAUCUGCGCCCAAACCUACUUCUCCAGAAUUAGGGUUUGCAGUCACAACCUUUGUUUCACUCACUCUCUGCGUUUAGAUCAGAAUCAGAUCGAGUUUCGUACCCACUAACAACCAUGGCCACUCAGAUGAGUAAGAAGAGAAAGUUUGUUGCGGAUGGAGUGUUCUUCGCUGAACUGAACGAGGUUCUGACGCGUGAGUUGGCGGAGGACGGUUACUCCGGCGUGGAGGUUAGGGUUACCCCUAUGCGUACCGAGAUCAUCAUCAGAGCCACCAGAACCCAAGCCGUUCUUGGUGAGAAGGGAAGGAGAAUUAGGGAACUAACCUCGGUGGUGCAGAAGAGGUUCAAGUUUCCCGAGAACAGUGUUGAGCUUUAUGCUGAAAAGGUCAACAACAGAGGUCUUUGUGCUAUUGCUCAGGCUGAAUCUCUUCGCUACAAGCUCCUUGGUGGCCUUGCUGUUCGUAGGGCCUGCUAUGGUGUUUUAAGAUUUGUGAUGGAAAGUGGGGCCAAGGGAUGCGAGGUCAUUGUUAGUGGAAAGUUGAGAGCUCAGAGAGCAAAGUCUAUGAAAUUCAAGGAUGGGUACAUGAUUUCUUCUGGACAGCCAGUCAAGGAUUACAUUGACUCUGCAGUUAGACAUGUGCUCCUAAGACAGGGUGUUCUUGGUAUCAAGGUGAAGAUCAUGCUUGACUGGGAUCCUAAAGGGAAACAGGGUCCUAAAACUCCUCUUCCUGAUCUUGUCACAAUUCACACUCCAAAGGAGGAGGAAGAAUACAACCGACCUGCUACUGCUGUUUUAGCAACUGAUAUCGAGGUCCCUGUUGCUUGAAAAUGUUCUAAUAGCUGUCUAGUAGAAAUUCAUAGCACCCGAGUACCUAGUAUGCAGUGUUUCUUGGCAAAGACCCAGUCGGAUUUUUGUAGUUUCUGAUCUUUUCAAGAAUUUUUAAACUCCAGUACAAGGAUUCAAGCAUAAAUUAUUUUUAUAUUUACCCCUUGUUUCUGUAGUUCGAAUUCUGUUUGUGGUUCGUGACAUUGGUGCGUAUGUGUUAUUUUCCUCCA